CUGCCCGGAGCACUAGGGGUGUGACACGGUUGCUGCGCCGCGGUGCUACAGGGAGGAGGUUCCCCGCCGCCGGGAGCAGGAGCCGGAGCCGGGCCGGAGGUUCCUGGAGAUGACGCUGGGCCCGGUGCUGCCCGCGGCCGCCGCCGCCCUCUGCCUGACCCUGACCCUGACCCUGACCCUGGCGCUGCCGCCGGCCCGGGCCGACAACGUGACUGAGCAGAGCGGCACCGGCACCGCGUCCACCCCGCCCCGGGCCGCCGGCGGCUCCAGCGAGGGCUCGGUGAUCGGCCGCGCUGUGGCUGUGGCGCUCGGCGUCAGUGGACUAGGCCUCGUCUACCUGCUGGUGCGGGGGCUGCGGUUGAAGAAAAAGCAAAGGAAGAAGUAUGGGCUGCUUUCCUCCUUCGAUGACCAUGUGGAGAUGGCUCCGAUGGACACAGAUGAUGAUGACACUACUUUAUUUGAAGCAAAGAGCCUGAGGAGGAGCGUUAACUACACAGCCUCACAAUCUUGUUGACUUUACAGCCAUUGCAAAUUCUUCUGGACACGCUCUGCUGCUUUGCUAUAACAAGGGACAAGCAGAGAACGUGACGUUUCCUGGUUUGCCAUUUUAAGAAGCUCCCUGUCACCCACUUAUUACCAACCAGUGACUGAAAAUAUUUGUAUGGUUUUGUGUGGGACAGGUAACAAUUCAGGCACAGCCAGACGCUCUACCUUGAAGGAGACAGUUUUGGGCGGAGGUUUUAUGCUGGCAUUGAAGUUUCUGUAUCGCUUUAUAUCGAUCGUUCAGAAAGAUGAAUUGAAGAAAUGUCUGCGUUAAUUGUUUUUCUUAAAGUACUACUUUGCAGCAAGUGGGAUUUGCAAACCUUAAAACACAUUUGGUUUUCUGUCAUGAAAUAUUUGCAUCAACGUUUCACCGACUGGAAUGAUCGCUCUUAAGCCGUUCACUGCGGAGAGCCACAUGUUUACGCAACACGGAGACUGGUGUAUAAAUAUUUAGUGAUUGGCAGAGAACAGAUACUCUUUGAAGGAAACGCGUAAAUUUUUGCCUCUUGUGGCAUCUUUAGUUUCAUCCAUCUUAAAUACAGAGCAAAGUUAAAUAACCAUGGCCCUCCCAGGAAGAGGUUGGUAUUACAUUUCAAACAUGGCAGUAUUCUCUUUGUCCCCAUUAAAUUAAAUUAAAUUUUCAGAAAGCCUGUCAAACCUUGUGGUACAAUUAAUUUUUAAACAUGGGAUUGACAUGUACUGCUCAGACUAAAGAAGGAUGCAAAAGGAUCCAUUGGGUAUCAUUGGUUGCUGUUUAUUAUAAAAUGUUUC